AUGCGUGCUGGAACCUUCUUGCUGGCCUUUAAUGCCAGCAUCAUUCUCGGUACUGUGGACAUUGUUCACAAGAGACAUGCAGACCACUUGAAGCCAGGAGUAUUGGCCGAGGUCGGUAGACCUGAUGCUACCCGUACGAUUGAACUAUCCGAUGCAGUCUUGUCCCAUGGUCUACGGCCUGCUCAAGUUUCGACAGAUGAAGAACUGGGGGCACGAUUGAUCGACUCAAGAAGCUUAGAAAGGAGAAGGGGGAGAGCUGGAAGAGCUGGAAGGGCUAAGAAGACCACGAAGACUAAACAGAAGAAGCAGAAAAAGCAGAAGACAAAUAAGAAGCCAAAGAAGCCAAUGACAAAGAAGAAGCCAGUAAAAGCCUGUCCUAUGAAGAACACAAAGAGGAAAGGCAAAAAUGCGAAAGCUGAAGUCGGCGCCCGAGACCUUGACUUUGCGUUCAGCGAUACAGACUCUCUUAUUGGUCGCGCAACUACUCGUGCGCAAGCCAAAGAUGCAUGCGAAAAGCCGAAAUGUCGCGCGGGUAUACGCAGUCUAGGCGAAGAUCCAUGUGAUAAGUAUAAGAACCACCCCAAAUUUGUACCAUGUGCAAAACCUAGCAAAUUCACUCUGGAAUAUUUUCAAAAGCAAGCAUCCAAGAAGCCACGAGCCGAUAAAUGUCUUUUCUACACAAAUGGUUUGUCCCUACGCGCACAAACGUUCGGCAAGAAAAACGGCCUAAUGACCAUCUGGGAUAUCUGGGGUGGCCCCAGGUCGCCGUUCAUGAAAUGGGAGCCAUAUCAGCCUGAUAACCCUAUGCGGUGCAUCAUUGCGGAUGACCUUCCUAAGAAAUCGGGCAAUAGGAACCCAAAUCGGCAAAAGUACUUCUCGACUAUGUCUGAAGCUAUGGCCUCUAUGUGUAGCGGCAGAGUCACCUUCAUGGACAGAAACUUGAAGAAAGGCACAUACGCACGAGUCAAGCAAGCCGGUAUCUGGGGAAAGACAGAGUUCCCGCGGUUAAGGCAGGACGGAAAAACCACGUCGAUCGAUGCAAUUGGAAUGUAUGAGGAUACUGAUACGCAAAUCAGGUGGCCCGACUGGUGGGUAAAAGGUCAAGAGACCUGGCCUAAUGAGGCCACUAAACCUGAGGGAAUCAAAGACCGGUAG